CAGAAGUUUUGCGCUGCUCCAGAGCUGUAGUUAAUGCGCAUGCGUGGGACAGGCUCUGCAGGCAGACCCUUCUCCCCGCCCCACGGUGCUGUGCCGUUCAUCAGCUGGUAGAGAGUCUAUCAGCUGAGAGGGGGGUGGAAGAGGAAGGAAGAUGGAAAGCAACAGAGACGAAGCUGAAAAAUGUAUUAGUAUCGCCACGGAAGCCCUUCAAGAUGGAGAUAAAGAAAAGGCGGUUAAAUUUUUGCGUAAGGCUGAAAAGCUCUUCCCGACCGACAAGGCAAAGGUGAUACUGGAGGCUCUGUCAAGGAACGGCAGCUCGACAGGCAACGGCACUGCUCACCACCGAAAGUCCUCUGAAAAUAACAACGCCAACCAUAACGAAAGAGCUGGUCAGGGUGCAACUGGUGCAGAGUGUGCCAAGUCAUACACCAAGGAGCAGCUGGAAGGGGUACAAAGACUUGCACUUCUCUCAGUUCUAGGAGUCAUACCAUAUCAAGGCAUACCCAGUUUCAUUAGAAGCUGCGCCAGUCAGGCCUGA